UGUGUUAUUUGAUUACUAAGCUAAUUCAAAAGUUCCCUGAAAAGUAGAGAAAAAAAAAAACAAAAACAAAUUUACUUGGGAUUAAAAAACGCAAGUCAUUAAUUUUCAAAAGGAUUAAAAAGGAUUAAUAAAAAUUUGUCGAAGAUUUCAUAGUAAAAUCAUCAAUCAUUUAAUGAGAUUAAUUUUUUUUAAGGUCACACACAUGUUGGUUGCACAAAAAUAAUCAAUUUAUUACAAAACAUUAUGCGUUUCAAUUAAAUUUUGAAAAUUGAAUAUCGGGGAUUUUAACGAAAAUUUGAAAAGAAAAGUUGUAUGAAGAAAAAUUUUCUAUAUGAAUUAAAUGUACGUGUAGAAUACAAAAAUAAUUUUAACAAUACAAACAUAUUAAAUUCAUGUAACAUAUGUAUGUAUACAAUAUAUGCAUACAUAUAAAUAUAUAACAAAUGCAUAAUAUAGAAAGACAACAAAUUUAAUAUUAGGAACGAGAGAAAUGAGAAAUAAACGAAAUUUUUCUACUAUCAGAAAUAGUAACAAUAAGUGUAACAACAGUAAUAAUAACGGUAAUAAAAACAAACUGCUGGCAGCAACAAAUACUUUAAAAGUAAACGAAUUAAUUACAACACAAAAAAUUAAUAUAAGAAAAAAUUAUAGAAAAAUGUAUUCAAUAAAAAAUCACCAAAAUAAUUUUAUAAAUAGGCAACAACAAAAUUUCUUCUGGUUUCCUAAUUUAAUAGCAAUAACAUUAGUAUUAUUGUCUAUGGAAAUUGUUAAUGUUACAGGACAAUGUCCAUGGCAGCGUGAUGUACCAGAUUUACAGACAUCAUGUAUAUGUGCUUAUAAUUUAGGACAUGAAUUAUCGGCACAAUGUGAUCAAGUUGAUUUUCCAUUAUUAAUAAAUGCCUUAAAUAAAUAUGCAACAAAUAAAUCAAUUGAUUUACUGUAUAUUAAUAAUUCAACAAUAGAUGUAUUAGAAAAUGAUAUGUUUAAAAAUCUUCGAUUACACAAUGUUCAAUUGAGUAGUUGUAAGAUACGAAAAAUCGAUGAUGGUGCAUUUAGAGGACAAGAGAACGAUUUAAAAAAUUUAAAUUUACAAGAUAAUCAAUUAGAGGAAGUACCAAGUAGAGCAUUACGUUUAUUAACAAUAUUAAAUUUAUUAGAUAUAUCAAAAAAUAAAAUUCAAUAUAUACCAGAUGGAGCAUUUCAAGGAUUAACAAAAUUAUCAACAUUAAAAUUAAAUGAUAAUAAUGUAACAUUAUCAGUUGGUGCCUUUAAAGGAUUAGAACGUACAUUAAAAAAUUUAAAUUUAAAAGGUACAAGACAAAAACGUGUACCCGAAUCAAUAAGAGGUUUAAAAAAUUUAGCAUUCUUAGAUUUAUCACAAAAUGGUAUUAAAGAUUUACCAGGUUUAGGUGGUAUUAAAACAUUUGAAGGUUUAGAUUCAUUAACAGCAUUAAAUUUAGAACGUAAUUUAAUACAAAGUUUAGGUGAAACAUCAUUUUUUGGUAUAAGAAAAACUCUUAGUUCAUUGAGUUUAUUGAAUAAUUUAUUAGCUGAAUUUCCGGUUGGUGCAAUACAUUCAUUAAGAGAAUUAAGAGUAUUAGAUAUUGGUUUCAAUUUAUUAACAACAUUACCAGAAGUUGCAUUUCGUGGUAAUCCAAGUAUAACACUAUUAGCAUUAGAUGGUAAUCCAUUACCAACAGUACCAGAAAAAGCUUUAAGUCAUUUAAAUCAAACCUUAAGAGGGCUUUCAUUAGGUGGACGAUUUUUACAUUGUGAUUGUAAAUUAAGAUGGGUAGCCGAAUGGAUUCGUAAUGGUGAUUUACAGGUAACAUCACGUGAACGAAAUCCACAAUUUUGUGGUUCACCAAAUCGUUUUAGAGAUCGUGGAUUUUAUUCGAUUCAACCAGAAGAGCUAACAUGUCCCGAAGAAGUUAAAUUAAAUGGCCCAGUUGGAAUCAUAGAUUCAUUACAACCAAAAGCAAAACCGACUCUUCCAACGCACAUUACAUCAUUUAGAACAACAUCGCGACCAAGAAAUACCACAACUGUCAGUUUAGAAAAUAUUUCUACUAGUUCGACUACUGAACCAUCAUCAAUUUCAUCUUCAUCGUCAUCCUCUGGUACAACAACUGAGUCAACAACUGGUUCUACAACUACAACAUCAGUUACAACUCAAUCCAGUACAACAACACUAAAAACAACACCGGCCACAACAAAAGUAACCACAAGCAAAGCAAUAACUUCACUUACGACUAAAUCGCCAAAUCAAAAUCAAUUGGGUCAAGGUAGUGUUGGUGCUGCAUCAUCUUCAUCUUCUGUUUCAUCAUCAGUAUCAAGUGGCUCUUCGUCGCCAGUAAAUGGCAAUAGCAAUGGAAAUAACGGACCCCAAAUUGUGAAAAAUCAAGUAUGGCGUCAAAAUACUUCACAACAAAAAAUCCAACGUCCACCAUUAGUAUUAGGUUUUCCACCACAACGUGGUACGCGUAUCGAUGAUGCUAAUGAAGUACAAGUUAAAAAUGCAUUCCGCAUGGAUAAUUCGGUUAUAAUUCAAUGGGAUUCCGAUACAGCAAAUAUAUUAGGAUUUCGUGUUGUAUAUCGUUUAUUUGGUGAAAAAAGCUUUAAACAAGGCCCACCACUUGAAGCAAGUGAACGUGAAUUUAAAAUAAAAAAUGUUCCAUCACAAGAAUGUAUUAUUGUGUGCGUUAUAUCAUUAGAAGAAUUACAUGUUACACCAGACACAGUACCAUAUUCACAAUGUAAAGAAGUUCGUACUGUUGCAUCACAAACAUCAAAUAUGGAUAAAAUUACAAUAGCUGCAAGUGCUGCUAUUUGUGGUACAAUUAUUGUUGCUGUUAUAGUUUUUAUUGCCGCUAGCAGAAGACGAUCACGUAAAAUGCAAUCAUUAAGUUCUCAACAAAAAAGUCCAUUACCAAUGGGUGGAUUACCAGUUAAUUGUUGUGGUCCAACAGGAAGUCCCGGGCCAUUAGGAUCAAUAGCAACUUUAUCUGCAUUUAAUACUCAUAAGGAAUGGGAUCAAGUAUCAGCAUACAGCGGCCGUUCAAUACCAAGACCAAGAAUAUAUCCAGUUGAUAAUCAAGAAGAUUUAAGAAGUCAUUUUUCAGCUAUGGGAAAAACUAGUAAACCAAGAUCAAUAGCUGAUGGUCAAUCUCAGCAUAGUUUUUCAAAUAAUUCCCAUCGUGGAUAUUUAGGUUCAGCAUUUCCAUCUAAUUUAGUUAAUUCAAGACCAGAAUUACGUCAAUCUAGACAAUCAUUAGCUGCUGCUUCAGAACGUAUGUCGCGUGCAUCAUAUGCCGGUUCAAUACAUGGUGGUGGUCCACAAAGUAUUGCUUCAAGUACACGUCGUUCUAGACCGAGAUCUAGAUCACGUGAUCAUUUAAAUGGACCACAUAUACAUAGUCAUCGUCCAGGAAGUAGGUAUUCAACAGCUGGAUCUACUCAUACAUUAAAUAAUUAUUGUGACACAUCUGAUAAUUGGACUGAUCAUGACAUGGAUAUAUAUAUGGCGAGAAAUCCAACAACACGCAACGGACUUGUGCCAUUAUGAGGACAACUUAUA